AUGGGUGAUUUCCUGUUGGGAUGCGCAGAGAAAGCGGCCAGGGUUCGAAUUGAUACAUUCAUCGAGCGAUCCGGCCGUUUGCCACCAUUUGCGAGUCGAGUUGUCUUCAUUCAUUCCACGCCGUGCAGUGGUGGAACAGUCGUGGCAAGAAUGCUUCAAGCCUGUGAUCCAACAUAUCAAAACCUAUGCGUUUACGGAGAGCCUCCAGUGAUCACCUCAUUGUCGCUUCUCUCCGAGAAACUCUCCGUGGAAAUCGUGAAGCGACUCGCGUUGACCUCUCUCCGUUUCUCGCUUCAUCAUCAGAAAAACGAUCAAACGAUCGUUUAUAAAUGCCGCCUUAACUCAUCCCGUCUGAUCCCGUAUCUGCACACAGCUGUCCCCUCGAUUCUCCACUGUGUCGUCACAACUCGUUCACCCGAUGUCGCUGUGUCGAAGCUGAUUCUGCGAACGAGUCACGAAACAAAUGUCUUUCAAAUGCUUUCUCGAAUGCGAAUCGAGUUCCCGUGGUUGUCCGAGACGAUCUCGAGAUGGACAUUGAUGCAAAUGCGAUCCGUGCAACAAGUUGGACCUAAGGACGGUUUCGAGCUGGCCGCAGCGUUGUUUAUUGGCUCGCAGAUUGCGCUCGAACAUUGCACCCCAUAUUUGGCGAUUGAUCCGAUUUGCUUCGAGGAUUUGAUGAACGACACGGCUCGCCUGUUGGCGCCAUUGGUGGAUUUGUGUGAGCUCUCGGAUUUGCAUAUUCCGGAUGCAAUUGCGUGGAAACGAACAGCCGCUCAUGAGUGGAGAGACGAUUGGGAUUUGUGUAUUCUCGACGAUCGUCAACUGCAUCGACUUGAGCAGUUGCAUGAGCUCUUGCGCGGUGAUUGGAAUAUU